AAUUGUCAACAGAACUACUAUAUUUGGCAUACUAACUGAGUCGAUUCUAUUUCAACCAAGCGCAAUUAAGUCUUUGUAAAAUCUCAAGAAAAAAGUGGUGUAGAUUCUUCGUAGGCGAAGUUGUUUAUUGUGUUUUUUAUUGGAGAAUAAUUCAAAAUGGUUGAUUACAGCAAGUGGAAAGAUAUUGAGAUUUCGGAUGAUGAAGACGAUACUCAUCCAAACAUAGACACGCCAAGUCUGUUCAGAUGGAGACAUGAGGCUCGUGUGCAGCGUAUGGCCGAGCUAGAGCAAAAGAAGAAGGUAUUCGACACUGAGCGGAUAAACACUAAAAAGCAAUUAGAAACGGUUCAGCAAGAAAUCAAAAAUACAGCCGGUGAUGAGGAAAAAUUAGCAAAACUCCAAUCAAAAUUGAAGGAACUCGAGCUAAAGAAAAGUGAAUUGGAUGCAAAAGCCGAUGAGUUGCGUGUUGAAGAGAAGAAAACACCAUGGAAUGUUGAUACAAUUUCGAAGCCAGCUUUUUCCAAAACCAUCAUCAAUACAAAAACAUCGAAGCCAUCGUAUGAUGACCUGUCCGAGGAAGAGAAAGAGGUUCGAAUGCGUGACUUUGUCAAAGAUAAUAAAAAAAUACUCGAACAGUUCGGUAUGUUGCGCCGAUAUGAUGAUUCGAAGAAAUUCCUCUUGGAUCAUCCCCAUUUGGCGUGCGAAGCCACAGCCAACUAUCUCGUCAUCUGGUGCAUCAAUUUGCAAAUGGAGAAGAAAACCAGCCUUAUGGAACACGUCGCACAUCAAUGUAUCUGCAUGCAGUACAUUUUGGAACUGGCCAAACAACUCGACGUCGAUCCCCGAGCAUGCAUUGGUUCAUUCUUUGAUCGUAUCCAAAUAGCAGAUAUCGAGUAUAAGAAACACUUUGAUCUCGAGGUGGAACAAUUCAAACAGCGUAUCACGAAGCGUGCCGCUGAGAAAAUUGAAGAGGCACUCGCCGAACAAGAAGAAGAGGAACGCAAAGAACGUUUAGGACCGGGUGGUUUGGAUCCAGUUGAAGUGUUCGAUUCAUUGCCAGAGGCUCUUCAAAAAUGUUUCGAAUCACGCGAUAUUGCAUUGUUGCAGGAGACAAUAAGCAAAAUGCCGGAAGAUGAGGCGAAACAUCAUUUGAAACGUUGUGUUGAUUCUGGGUUAUGGGUACCUGAUGCAUCAAAAGUGGACAAAGAGGAAAAAGAGGGUGAAUCAAUUGAAGCCGAAGCUGGAGCAGUUAAGGCCGAAGCUGGAGCUUCCAGUUCAUCCAAUGAAAAACCCAAUGUGUCAACCGAAGACGUCGAUUAAGCCAGCCAACUGUAAAAAAAUAUACAAACGUCUCUACUGGCAUACAUUUUUUUUCUUGUGUACUCUGCUGCGCAUUCUAAAAUAUUUUCUAUAAAAUACCGUUCAUACUAUAAAAAGAAACAACCAGUCGAAAUUCACAGCUAAUGAAUAAACAAUUUACUCGAAGCAAUACUUAACUA